AUGGAAAUUUUUCUCGGUUACACCAAACCACGAGGUCAACUUCCUGACUAUUCGGGGCCUAUAGUCUUAAAUGCUGAAAAGAAUACGGUGGAUGAC